GGACAAAAGCCUUCACUUUCUUCCUUCAUUCCUCAGUCAACGACCCCUUCUCUCUCUCACACACAGUAAACUGUGUGUGCCACAUUACCAUUUAUUGUUCUUCACCUUUCUUGUUCAGCGUAUGGUGCUUCCAUUAAUGCAUCAGCUCACUUAGAUUGCAUUGGGUCUUUUUGCACCUGAAUUGUACAGAGAAUUUUUACAAACUUAUUAUUAUACUUGUAUGAUGUUUUUAGCAUCACCACUCAGUUGAAAUCAUGAAGAUGUUGCUUCAACUUUCUUUCCUGUUGCUGUUAGUUAACUCGGUGUUGACUCAGGCGCCACUGAGUUCGUUAGAACGGACCGCGUUGUUCGAUCUGCGAGCUUCGUUAGGGAUCAGAGCUGUUUACUGGCCGAGAAAAUCCGACCCGUGUGUGAACUGGACCGGGGUUGAGUGCCAAAAUGGGCGGGUUAUUGGGGUCAAUUUGUCCGGUUUGAAGCGAACUCGGGUCGGGCGUCGUAACCCUAGGUUUGAUGUUGAUGGUUUGGUGAAUUGUAGCGAGUUAAUUUCGUUUAAUUCUUCUGGGUUUGCUCUUCCGGGGGUGAUCCCUGAUUGGUUUGGGCGAAAUCUUAGUGCACUCCAGGUGCUCGACCUAAGGUCUAGCUCAGUUUUGGGUCCAAUUCCUCAGUCAAUUGGGUUGUUGAAUCAGCUUAAAAGGUUGCUUCUUUCGGGUAAUUCGCUUACUGGGAUUAUUCCAGAUUCUUUUAGGCAGCUUGGUAUGUUGUCAGAUUUGGAUCUUUCUCAUAAUAUGUUAACAGGGUCAAUACCUAGCUCGAUUUCAGCUCUUGGAAAUGUUGAAAGUAUUGAUUUGUCUUCCAAUUUCUUAUCUGGGUCGAUUCCGGAUGAGUUUGGUUUGCUUUCGAGUUUGGGUUACUUGAAUCUUUCUAACAAUAGUCUUUCUGGUUCUGUGCCUGCACAGCUGGCAAACCUUUCUCAGUUGGUUGACCUUGAUCUUGGGUCCAAUUCAUUGGCUGGAUUGUUACCAACCGAGCUAGGACGGUUAACAAGGUUAAGGAGAUUGGUUAUUCGAAAUAACGAUUUGGGUGGUAGUUUUUCGGGCAAUUUGAUAGUAAACAUGUCGGCUAUCGUAUUACUUGAUGUAUCUAGCAACAACUUUACUGGCAAUCUUCCGGAUAUCCCAACGUUCUCUAAUGCGUCUUCUCGUGUCACAUUAAACUUCUCGAACAAUAUGUUCUAUGGAAGCUUGAAUUCCAAUAUCUCAACUGUUGAUUCUUUUGAUCUAUCUAACAACUAUCUUCAAGGUUUAGAUGUCCGUACUGGAGAUACGACUUUAUUAUCCGGAAACUGUUUUCUUCGGCUCCCGGGUCAAAGGAGUUUAGAAGAUUGCAGGACGUUUUACGCUCUGAACGGUGUUCCGUUUGAUGGAGAUCCCAUAUCUCCAGUGCAACCUCCAGGCUCGAAAACGAAAAGCAACCGUUUGAAAUAUGUUUUGGCGGGAGUUUUCGGUGGACUUGGUGUCGUUAUAAUUGUAGUUAUACUAUCAGUUUUGAUACUGAAAACAUGUAAUAGGAGAAGUGUAAGCCAAAGAAGUGCAAAUGUAGAACCUGUUCAAGAAGAAGGAAACGCAAAGGAUAAAAGUUCAGCGGUUGAUAUAUUAACCUUAGCGAACUCGUUUAGAUACGAGCAAAUGCUACAAGCGACAAGUGGUUUUAGUGAUACAAACCUAAUAAAGCACGGUCACAGUGGAGACAUUUUUUCAGGGACGUUAGAAGACGGGUUUAACGUAGUUAUUAAAAGAAUCGAUAUGCGUUCUUCAAGAAAAGAUUGUUACAUGACGGAAUUGGAGUUGUACAGUAAGGGUAUGCACACCAGAUUGGUACCUCUUUUGGGACAUUGUUUAGAACAUGAAACCGAAAAGCUGUUGGUGUACAAGUACAUGCCGAAUGGAGAUCUUUCAAAGUCUUUGUAUAGGCCCACCAGUUUGGAAGACGGUGGUUUACAGUCGUUGGAUUGGAUCACGAGAUUAAAGAUCGCUACGGGGGCUGCUGAAGGGUUAGCGUACUUGCACCAUGAAUGUGAUCCUCCUCUUGUUCAUAGAGAUAUCCGAGCAAGCAGUAUCCUACUCGAUGAUAAAUAUGAUGUACGGCUAGGAAGCCUGAGUGAAGUGUGCGCUCAAGGAGUCGAUACCAACCAGAAUGUUAUUACCAGGCUGCUACGGAUAUCUUCGAACUCUGAAUCAACUACUUCUGGGUCAGUGCCUCCUAUAUGUGCAUAUGAUGUAUACUGUUUCGGAAAAGUUUUGCUUGAGCUGGUAACGGGCAAAUUAGGAAUCAGCAAUCCAGAAGAUUCAUCCACAAAAGAAUGGGUUGACCAAACAUUGACUUCCAUUAACAACUAUGACAAAGAAAUGGUGUCCAAGAUUGUCGACCCAUCUCUAGUUUUAGACGAAGACUUGUUGGAUGAGGUGUGGGCUGUAGCCAUAGUGGCUAAGUCUUGCCUGAACCCAAAGCCCGCCAAACGCCCUCAAAUGGCUCAUAUUUUGAAAGCAUUAGAAACCCCUUUCCGGGUUGUACGGGAAGAAGACUUCAGUUCGGGUAGAUUAAGAAACAAUUCAUCAAGACGGUCAUGGAGUGCUGCUUUGUUUGGUAGCUGGAGGCAGAGUUUUUCGGGUAGCACAAAUAGUCAAAAUCAUAGUCAAACGAUGAAAGAUGGUAAUGGGGGUCAAAAGCAACCUAUGAGAGAUAACUCUCAGGGAAGUGGUGCAAAUGAUAGAAGAUUUUCAAGUGAGAUUUUCCCAGAACCUAUAGAUAGCAAUGAUGUGGAAAGACAAGACGAAGCUAGAUGAUGUAACACCGUUAAAAUGGAGUUGAAACAUCAACUAAAUGCAUCAUGUUUUCAGGUUUUAGGGGGACGGAUCAGCACGGUGGGGUGGGAUAAGAAUUUAUUUAAAAAAAUUGGUUUGAAGCCAAAUUCUUUUAUUGUUCUGUGAUUGUAUGGUUUCAAAAGCAUGUAUUUCUUGUUUGUGUGCUUGUUAUGGAUCCAGAUCCAUUUGAAGGUGAGUGUAAAUUGCAAAGAGUGAAGCUCUGUUGACAUAUGCUAUUGUUGUGAUGUAGCCAGAACUGACCGCGAAUUGUGUUUAAAGUCAACCAUUCAAUUCAAUACACUGUUUUAUCA